AUGAUAGGGGACGUACGCGAGGAGGACGAGUUGAACCAAGUUGAUGUCUUUCAUGCUAACUCCAGUACAAAGCGUCUUGUGGAUGAGGAAUGUUCUAAGUAUACUGCCCGCCGCAGGAAAGAAGCCAAUGCAGACGAGUCUACUUAUUCGUACCUGCGGUCCAUUGACAGCGCAUUAUCAAGGUUGGAUGGCCAUAUAUCGGAUUUAGAUAUUCGUGUCUUCAGUAUGGAGGAAAACAUGACUGACAUGAAAGGGCAAUUGUCGGCCAUCCUUUCAUUGUUGCAGUCAAUGCACAAGGGUUCCACAGUGAAUGAGGAGACGACCAGGUCACCCAUCCCAUCUCGGGAGCUCGAUACGACUGCGACUGUCUCUGACACUCCCAUCCCCCCUCUACAGCCUGAUACCACCCCUUCACCUACUCCUAACCCCCCUGUACAACCCGAUACCACCAUUACCACGACAUCACCGAUUGACGUCGAACCUAUACAGGCCAAUGUUCCACAGACAGAGCCCGACAUGUCUGCCUUACUCACCAUGCCAUCUACAGAGGCUGAUAUGUCUGGCAUCCCAGAGGCAGACACUUCUAGGAUUGUUACGACCACAGAAGAAGUUCCACUGAGUCACCUUAAUGCUCGUGGUGGGGUAUUUAAAAGAAUAAAGAAUAAGUCACUUCUGGAGGCUGCCCUAGCUUGGAAAGAUGAAGACACGUAUAAGGACUACGUCACCGGUAAAUUCGAUGUCAAAUGGGCAGAUGUGAUUUCAUUUACACGGUGA